GGGCCCGGGCGGGGGGCUGCUGCUCGCGCUCGCCGUCCUGCUGCCGCUGGUGCUGCUGCUGGCGCGCAGGGCGGCCCGCGCCUGCACUGACCUCGCGCACAUGCGCAAGGUGGCGGCGGACAUCCCCGGGCCGCCCGGGCUGCCCCUCAUCGGCAACCUCCUGGACGUGGUGAGCGGCGGCGACGACCGCAUCUACGACAACAUCUGCCGCCUCAUGGACCGCUGGGGCCCCACGGUCGGCAUCUGGCUCGGCCCCGAGCUGGUCGUGUCCGUGGCCGACCCGCGCGAUGUCGAGUACGUCUCCACCAGCAACGAGCUCAUCGACAAGUCGCCCUUCUACGGCGUGCUCGAGCCGCUCCUGGGCAGUGGCCUGUCCUGCCUGGGCGGCCAGGAGGUCCGCCGGCACCGGAAGAUCGUCAUGCCGUCCCUGCACCUCGACAUCCUGCACGACUUCCUGGACACGUUCCAGAGCGAGUCGCUGCGCUUCGCCGCCCGCCUAGAACAGCACGCCGACGACGGCCAGGACUUUGACGUGGCGCCGCUCUGCGUCGAGUACUCCCUGGCCGCGGCGUUGCAGACCAUCAUGAGCAGCGAGCUGGAGGACGGCGACGACGCGGAGCGGCUCGCGUUCGGCGGCGUGCUGCAGUCCGCCAUGGACCUCUUCAUGUACCGGGUGUGGCGGCCCUGGUUCCUCCACGACGCGCUCUUCAGGCUGUCGAGCCGGCGGCCCGAGUACGUCCGCACCAUGACGGCGCUCAACGGCUUCACCGAGGGCAUCAUCACCAAGAAGAGGCGCAAGCUGGCCGAGCGGCGACGGCACCAGCCUCACGGAGAGGAGCAGAGCCUCACGGCCGCGCCGACGACAACGACGCGGCGACGGCGGCGAGCCUUCCUCGACAACAUCCUGGACAACGAGGAGGGCGCCGCUCUGACCGACCUGGAGCUUCGCGACGAGGUCAAGACGCUGCUGUGCACCGGCUCAGAAACGUCAGCCAGCACCCUGAGCUUCGUCAUAGCGGUCCUGGCCCUGCGUCAGGACGUGCAGGCCAAGGUGGUGCAGGAGCUGGACGACGUGUUCGGUGGGGACGCCUCGCGCCCCGUCACCCUGGAGGAGCUGCCGCACCUGCAGUACCUGGAGCGGGUGGUGCGCGAGACGCUGCGCCUGUUCCCCGUGCUGCCCUUCUUCACGCGCAGCUGCCCCCGGGACGUGCAGCUGCCCUCGGGGUACACCGCCCCCCGCGGCGCGCACCUCACCUUCUUCCUGCCCGCACUGCACACCUGCCCGCGCACCUGGCCCGACCCGCGCCGCUUCGACCCGGACAGGUUCCUGCCCGAGAACAGUCGCGGCCGCCACCCCUUCAGCUACCUGCCCUUCAGCGCGGGGCCCAGGAACUGUGUCGGCCAGAGGUACGCGAUGAUGCUGCUCAAGGUGGAGGUGGCCACGCUGCUGCGCCGCUUUCACAUCCUCCCCGCGGCGGACGGGCCGGCAGCGCGGGACGUCGCCGACCUGCCCAUCAAGGUGACCCUGGUCAUCGCCGUCAAGGGAGGCGUGCGCGUUCGGCUGCGCCGCAGGACAGCACCGUGCGCCGCCGCCGACACCGUGGGGCCGUCGCUGUGAUAACGUGUCAUUGUUUUCAUAAUUUUAUAAUUAAGACUGUUACCUGUACUCUGUACGCAACCUCAAGCUCACUUCCUUCGUUUUUAAAGAGAAAUCGUUUUA